GUUAGAUGCUAUUUUUAUUUCGUCGUUGGUGUGGUAUGUAGUGCGUUGAGGGUCUGACUGAGUACAGAGCGUGAGAACCAGGCACGGACACCCUAUCCUGGUCCCUGGCUAAAGGGGGCUCUCGUAGCCGACGCACAUCUACCGCAGCCGGUGCCCCACAGCCGGCCGUGCAUGACCCUGCCGAAAGCUCACGUCGGCAGUUUCCUCCACAAUUACCGAAGCUGAUCACACGUCAGUCCAUUUCGGCUCUCCACCUCCCUCGUAUAAAGGCCUCGCCAUGGCCCUCCAUCCCAUACCCAAGAUCAACCAAGUACCUGAUCAGAUCACUCACAAUGCCCGGCGCCGGUCAAUCUACCAAGUCAACCAAGUUCGACAGCAAAACCUUCCACUUCACCGACACCCAGUCCGCCUCCCCCGUCGCUCCCAACGACCCGUACACCUACUACUCCGGCUUCGGUAACCACUUUGAAUCCGAAGCGAUUCCUGGUACCCUCCCCCGUGGCCAAAACAGCCCUCAGAAUGUCAAGUAUGGACUCUACGCCGAGCAGAUCACCGGAACGGCGUUUAUUGCCCCAAGGGCGCAGAACCAGAAGGCGUGGUUGUAUCGCAUGAGGCCUGCUGUUGCGCAUCAGGGGUUCAAGGAUAUGACGGAUGCGCCGGAGACCGAGUCCUGUUUCUUGCCGCUCAACCCGAAGGUUCACGUCUCGCCCACGCAGUUGGCUUGGACGCCUUUCGACAUGCCCUCCGACGACGAAAAAGUCGACUUUGUCCACGGUCUCCGCACCCUCGCCGGUUCAGGCGAACCCACCCUUCGCGAAGGACUGGCGACCCAUAUCUUCACCUGCAACACAUCCAUGUCCCCCGCCAAGACCUCCUUCGUCAACUCUGACGGUGACAUGCUCAUCGUAGCCCAGGAAGGCGCCCUCGACAUCCAAACCGAGUUCGGGUGUCUCUACGUCCAACCCGGUGAGAUCUGUGUCAUCCAACGUGGAAUCAGGUUUAGUGUUAAUGUCGAGGGUCCCACACGUGGGUAUAUCCUCGAGAUCUGGGGUUCGCAUUACGAGUUACCCGAGUUGGGGCCAUUGGGUGCGAACGGGCUUGCGAACCCGAGGGACUUUUUGGUGCCGAAGGCCAGGUAUGAGGUCAACCCGGGAGAAUGGAAGAUUGUGUACAAAGUCGCCGGGAAGUGGUUUCAUUCCACGCAAGGCCAUAGUCCGUACGAUGUCGUCGCCUGGCACGGAAACUAUGUUCCGUACAAGUACGACCUGACCAAGUUCGUCAACGUUGGAUCCAUCUCCGUCGACCACAUCGAUCCCUCCAUCUUCACCGUGUUGACAGCGAAGUCCAGGGACCCGGCUGCGCCAUUGACAGACUUCCUCAUCUUUUCCCCCCGCUGGGAUGUAGCCUCAAACACCUACCGCCCCCCUUACUACCACCGCAACACCGCCUCCGAACUCAUGGGCCUGAUCUAUGGCUCUUACGGCGGUCGCUCCGACGAAUUUGCUCCCGGCGGCGCAUCCUUCGAAACAGGUUGUACCCCCCACGGUGUCGCGUACGAAGAAUUCAAAGGGGCGACGGAGGCACCCUUGGGAGCGAUGAAGAUCAGUGAGGGUACGAUUGCGUUUAUGUUUGAGACGAGUCGGGCGUUGGUGAUUACGGACUGGGGGAUGAAGAGUGAGAAGAAGCAUGAGCAUGAUCCGAGGAUGUGGGAUGAUUUGGUUAGUAACUUUGAGAAGGUGAUGAAGGAGGAGGGGUUGGAGGAGAAGGGGGCUGCGGAGUGAGCACGGAUGGUAAGGGGACGUGUAGGAUAUGUGCGGGUGAAAGGUGUAUUGAUAACCGAAGGUUAGGUAGGUGAUGUUUGGAUACUUUAUCGAAACCAUAUAUUUCUUUAGCCCGACUUUGGUCCCAGGCUCGAUGUGAAAACGUUCAUUUCUUCAUCGCUGCCGUACCGCACAUAACCGCAGCUGCGAUAGGAAUUCC